CCUCCCCCUUUGGUCUCCAUUCUGUUUCCCCCUUCCUGGUCACUCUUCCUUGGUUUCCGUUCCAUUCCAUCCCUUUGUCACCCCCGUUCUAUUCGCAUCCACAUCCAGGGCUUCCCGGAGGCCGAGCAGAAGCCCCCGCCAUGGCGCGGCACCGGCGCCCAGGCCGCAGCCCUCCGGGGCCCGCAGUCCAUUCACUCAGCUCAUUUUGGAGCCUGGCGCUGCUCCUGGCCUUCCUCUGGGUCGCUGCUACCACCUGGGGCUUUGCGGGCUACCGAGAGGCUCAGACGAGGGCGCAGCGGGAGGCAGUGCUGAAGUCUCUGGGGACAGAAGGCCAAUUCUUGUUUGCCUCUCUGGAUACUGACAGGGACUUAUCCAUCAGCCCUGAGGAGUUCAGACCCAUUGCUGAGAAACUGAGGGAAAUCAACAGAGACUAGAAGUGGAUGGAUGGAUGAUGAACAUAAGAGAAGAGGAAAUAUUGUCACAUCCCCUUAACAUAUAGCUUCAUUUUCCCAUCUGAGCAAUACCCUAUCUUCUCCAAGACAAGAUGAGGGCAAACGAGAAGGCUCCUGGGAAAAUCUCUGGACCUAAAUAUUGAAAAUCAUUAUUAAUGGGCACUAUCACUGAGGAAGAAGAGUAAUCAUGUUGGAAGAAUCAAGGCAAGCUAAUGACUAGUCUUCUCAGAUCCUCAAAGCUCCUUUUGUCUUAGGUUUUAUUAUGAUCUCAGCUGCUCUCAUGAAAUGGAAUUUCAGAUACAUUUAUGGUUGCAGUUUACAAAUGUGUAAAUAAUAAAAGCUUUGGAAGUGAAAUAAGUAUAAA